AUGGUCUCUUCCUCCUCCCUUUCCUUCCUGGCUAUCGCUCUCAUCGGAGCUGCCGUGGCUCGUCCCCAGUUCCCAGGUGGACCACCACCAGGCAUGAGCGUGAGUAGCUCCUCCAUCUUCUCCGAACUCAGCAACCCGAUCCUUUUCAGCCGAUCCCACCACCAAUCGCCGCCGUUCUUCCGCGUGAAACCCUCGCCGAACUGGAAGCUGUUCACGCCGAUCCAAACCUUUCCGAGUUGGAGAAGCACUCGAAGAUCGACCAGAUCAUGGUGAACCUUCCGGAAGAGAUCCACGAACGCAUCCCACCACCGCCAGGAUUCUCCCAACUGCCCGCGACCGUCCAGGCCUCCCUGAAGGCUCUGCAUCGUGACAAGUCCCUCGAUUUCCAACAGAGACAGGCCGCCAUCCGCACCGUUCUCGACGGACUCGAGCCACAAUACAAGCGACUUCUCCCACCACCACCACCAGGGUAACCAACCCGUUCUCCAAAUGUUUCGUGCAAUGUUCAAUUUCAGAUUCCCACAACGUCAGUAG